AUUUAUUCUAAUAAGCGAUUGCAAGCUAAAGUGGAUGUGUAUUCCCUACAAAGAGAAAGACAAAUUCAAUAAAGAGGGAAAUAUUUAGAGCAUAAAAAAGAGAAGGAAGUAAUAGAAUAUCCGCGAAUUAUAAAAUUUUUGUUAUAAAAAAUGGAAACUGGAGAGGAUACACGACCAGAGUGGGGUAAAAGAUUAUCAAAAUGCGUACCGCUGCCCCAACGAGUAAUCAUGUCCAUAAUGGGAUUUUUAUCGAUUAUCAAUAACUAUACGUUACGCAGUUGCAUUUCCGUUACAAUAACGCGUCUGGUCUUGGCACGUUCUUACUCCAAUGAAACCGAGGCCAGUGGAGAAGUUUGUCCAAAACCGGACGAAACAGUUGAUGAUGAGGAGACGCCCGGUGGUGAAUACGAUUGGUCACAGGAACUACAAGGUUACAUACUUGGUUCCUUUUACAUUGGCUACAUAUUGGGUCACGUGCCAGCGGGCUUACUCUCUGAAAAGUAUGGCGCUAAAUGGGUGCUCGUCUGUGGCAUGUCUACCGCCACAAUACUAACAUUAUUAACGCCUCUCUGCAUUACUUUACUCGGACCUUACGCUCUGAUUGUUUUACGUACCAUAAUGGGUUUCGGUGCGGGCUUUUCGUAUCCCUCAUGUAGUGCGCUCUUGGCACACUGGGUACCGAUACAUGAACGUAGUUUACUUGGCGCUUUUAUAAUGGGCGGUGGUCAAAUGGGCACUGUCUUGAGUAAUAGUUUAUCGGGUGCUCUGCUGCGUUACGCAAAAUGGCCAUGGGUAUUUUAUACAUUCGGUAUAAUGGCAGCAUUGUGGAUUUUAUUUUUCAUUUUAAUGUGUUUUAGCGAUCCGAAUUCACAUCCGUAUAUUAGUGACAAGGAGAAGGAGUAUCUAAUGAAACAUAUGGGCCGUUUAGGACGUGAUCAUAAUUUGCCACGUUUCCCUUGGGUUCCCGUAUUCAAGAGUAAGGAGAUGUGGGUGCUCAUUUUAGCACAAAUUGCGCACGAUUGGGGUUUUUAUGUGAUGUCCUCUUGUUUUCCGAAAUUUCUCAAUGAUGUGUUGCAAUUACAAAUACUCAAAACCGGCAUAUUUUCAUCGAUACCAUUUCUUUUGUUUUGGCUAUUUUCACUAAUAUUCGGUGGAAUUGCUGAUUGUGUUAUAAAACGGAAUGCGACGAAGGCCACAAUCGCACGAAAAGUUAUGACUUUUAUAGCUGCCACGCCCUCCGGUCUCUUUAUGGUUUUAGCCGUCUAUGUUGGUUGUAAUACAGCAUUGAUAAUCUUAUGUUUUACCAUUUCGAUGUCUUUGAUGGGAGGCUAUUAUGCCGGCAUUAAAUUGACUGCAAACGAUAUGACACCGAAUUAUUCCGCAACUGUUAUGGCCAUAGUGAAUGGCAUAGGCGGUAUUGCUGGUGUGCUUGCACCAUAUUCUGUAGGAUGGUUAACUAAAAAGACACACUUACAUGAAUGGCAACAGGUAUUUUGGUUGGCGCUUGCAAUACUUACAAUACCAACAAUUCCGUUUUGCAUUUGGGGCACAGCUGAAGUACAGGAAUGGAAUGAGUCAGCGAAAAAGGAAUGAAUUUCUUCGAAAGCACCAAAACUCGUUUUGCGUUUUAUGAACGAUUUAAAAUUAAGUAACAACUGAAAAUUAUAAAUUUAUUACGUUUGACACUGAACAAACAGCUACUGCUAAUUAUUUGGAACUUCCGUUCAGCACACUCGUGCUUAGAGACACUAUUAAUUUUUAUGAAACUAUUAAUUUUUAUGAAACUAUUAAUUUGUUGUUGUUACUUUUAUUAACAUUGUACGCACUUAUUACUUAUUACACCAUAAAUCGAGUUUAGUUUAGAAUAUUUCAUUUCACAAAUAAAAACACAAAAAUUAUUUCCGGACGCGCUUACCGGCGAUUUAAUUUUCUUUGCUAUGAAUAUGGCGUUACCAACUAUUUUACCUGAAAGUGUAAUAAAAUGACAGUUCUGAAGAGAGAAUCUUUAUUAAAAAGUAAUUGUUAAUUAUCAUUUAAAUUAAUAUACUAUUUUUUACUGUAAUAAACAAUACAAAACCGAAGCUAUAAGAGAAGCCGAAAAAUCUGUUUCAAAAUAAUCCCAAUGCAACGAAUGCAUAACCAAACAACGAAAUUAAGUUGGCAGUUGUGUUUCAUUUCCUUCGGAAGCAUAAGUAGCUGAACGGAAAAAUAUCCGGAAAUUAGACAAAAUAUUGUAUAAUAAAUACAUUUUUGAAAUUUUUGAGAGAAAAUAAUGAGUGCAACUUAUUUGAGAUAUCCUGGGAUUAGCCUUGUAGAGCCUUCUAGGUGUACACGUGUUUUGAUACACUGCGAAAUAGCAAAUCGGGCAUACCCAUUUUCUUAUUUGAGUUUUAGUUCGAUACUUUGGUAUCGGAUAAUAUAAUUGGCGCUUAUAUGGUGCAUCUUUAUUUCCAACAUAUUUCUUUUAAGAGCCUCAAAACAGCUGAUGGAUUCUUAUUAAAAAGGUUCGUUUUUCGCUUCAUGCCAGAAACAUGUGUUUUCCCUGCUGUGAAGGCACUGCAAAAAAUUAGAAACUUAGUUUACUGUAAUUUUGAAUAUUGCUCUAGCGAUAUUCAUUCUGCUCCGCACCGUAACA